UUCUUUUUUAAAUUCCUACUGAAUUCAAAGACUCUCAAGAGAAACACCAACACAGAGCAAGAAUGGUUGCAAAAUCAGUCUCUGAGGUCAGUUUCAGUUUGGCACUCUUGCUAAGUAUUCAGUUGGCAACAGCAAUGGCGCCCAUUGCAAAGCCUAACUGUUCAGACCAUUGCGGAGAUAUAGAGAUUCCAUAUCCAUUCGGAAUGGGGAAGAAGGAUUGUUAUUUAAACGAAUGGUUUGAGAUUGAGUGCAACAGAAGCGUCAACCCUCCUAGAGCUUUUCUAAGCCGAAUAAACAUGGAGCUCCUCGAUAUUAAUCUUGGAGCCUCCGCCACCGUCAGAAGUCCGAUAAUGUCCUCCAACUGUUCCGGAUGGGAGGGCGAUGAGCCUAUCUGCUUGACAGGAAGUCCUUUCUAUAUUUCCAACACUAACUCAUUCUUCGCAGUAGGUUGCAACACCAAAGCUUUAAUGAUGGAUGAUCAGCUCCAUCGCGCUGGUUGCGACUCAUUCUGCCAUGGCCAGAGGGACAUUGAUUCGCGAGAAUUGCUUCCUCAGCUUGUAACGACUGAUCCCAUAGGGAAAGAUUGUAAUGGUUCGCGUUGCUGCAAGAUUACAGUGCCUUCAACCACUCAGAUUUUCAAUCCAAUUUUCAAGACGAUAGAUGAGAAUCAAAGUAAAGAUGGUUGCAAAAUGGCAUUUUUGGCUGUUGAAGGUGCCAUUUUACUGGCAUCUGUGCUUCCGACGGGAUAUCCCGAUGUCCAGUUUCCGAUGGUGCUAGAUUGGACGAUCAAUUCCACCGUAAGGGAAGCUGUUAUUGAGCGGGAAACGGCGGAGUGCCCCAUCCUCCAUGCCAAUGCUUCAGAAUUCUUUUGCUAUUGCAAUACUGGAUAUGAGGGAAAUCCUUACCUUGGAUGCACGGAUAUUGAUGAAUGCAAAAUUCCGGAUUAUGAUCCUUGCCCAAGUUUAACAAAAUGCGUAAAUACUCAAGGAUCAAAUAAAUGUGUGCCAGACCUAAAAUGGAUUAUCAUUAUAGCCGCAGGUGGAGUUAUUGGAGUUCUUGGAGUAUUGGCAAUACUUGGUUCUUGGAGGCUGAACAAGCUAAGGAACAUGCAACUCAAGAAGAAGUUCUUCAAGCGCAAUGGUGGUUUAUUGUUACAGCAACAACUAACUUCAGGUGAUGGUAGUGUUCAGAAAACAAAAAUCUUUAGUGCAAAAGAGUUGGAAAAGGCCACUGAUUGUUUUAGUGAGGAUACAAUACUUGGCGAGGGUGGGCAGGGUACAGUGUACAAAGGAAUGCUAACUGAUGGAAGAAUAGUUGCUAUCAAGAAGUCUAAAGUAGUUGAUGAGAAGAAUGUUCAAGAAUUUAUCAAUGAACUUAUCAUCCUCUCUCAAAUCAAUCAUAGAAAUGUAGUUAAGCUGUUGGGGUGUUGCUUAGAGACUGAAGUUCCUUUGCUAGUCUAUGAAUUCAUCCCUAAUGGAUCUCUCUUCCAAUAUCUCCAUAACCAAAAUGAGGAAGCUUCAUUGCCAUGGGACAUGAGACUGCGGAUUGCUGCACAAGUUGCUGGAGCACUCGCAUAUUUACACUCGGCAACUUCUGUUCCUAUUUAUCAUCGUGAUAUUAAAUCCAGAAAUAUACUAUUGGAUGAGAAAAAUAGAGCAAAAGUAUCAGACUUUGGAAUUUCAAGAUCAAUUACUAUUGAUCAAACUCAUUUGACGACUCGUGUUCAAGGCACUUUUGGUUAUUUGGAUCCAGAGCAUUUUCAAACUGGUCAGUUUACAGAUAAGAGUGAUGUUUAUAGUUUUGGUGUAGUACUGGUGGAGCUUUUAAGUUGCCAAGAACCCAUUUAUAAAAGUGACUCGCAAGAAAUCUUAAGUUUAUCCACACAUUUUAUUAUGUUGAUGGAAGAAAAUAGACUCUUUGAUCUCGUCGAUGCUCGCAUUUUGGAGCACAGCCCUGAAAAUGAAAUUGUUGAAGUUGCUAAUCUUGCAAGAAGAUGCUUGCAUGUGAAUGGAAAGAAGAGACCUACAAUGAAAGAAGUUGCAAUGGAGUUGGAAAGAAUUCAAUCAUCACGAAGUAAGUUGAAUAUUCAACCAAAUAAUGGAGAGAUUGAAGAUGCUCUAUCUGAUAAUGUUUCUACUACAGAAAGCUGUGAGACCGAAGAAACUCUAUCAAUGGACGUCGAAUCAUUGACUGUCAACAGAACUUGGUGAUUAAGAAGCUUAUAUAUCCAUCAAAACAUAUAUUUCAUUUUGUUUCUUGAAAUGGAUCAUGCAUUUACUAUUACCUUUUCAUUUCCUUCUUUGUAUGAAGGUUGUUGAAGAUUUCUUGUAGUGGAUCAAGCAAUCUAUAAGUUUUACUUGUAAUAAUUUUACUUGUAAUAAGAUUUGCCAAAAUCUCAAUCCUCUCAUGGAAUUUAGUUCAAGCUAUUGCUAUCAUAGAUGGCUAAAUAUAAA